AUGACCACCCACGUCCUGUCAUUACUUUGGGUUAUGUCGAAGAACAAAAACCUGACUCCAGCAGAUAGGGCGCGUAUCCGCGCGAUGCAUGCGGAGAGAGGCCCAGAUGGUCGUCGACGCUACACCCAAAAGGAGAUUGCUCGAGCUCAGCAGGUCAACCAGGCUACGGUGAGUCGAGUAGUGAAGGCUCAGGAUCAAUGUGGGCCUGUACUUAAGCGGGGACCGAAGUUUCUGAUGGACGAACGAACCCGACGUCGUGUUGUGCGCUAUUUCUUUGACAACUGUGGGGUGUCUACCGGUGAUGCAGUUACGGAGCUCGAUCUAAAAGUCUCACCAGAGACAGUGCGCAGGUUCAUUCGGAAUGAAGGGGCACAAUACGUCAAGCUGAAGACCACUCCGCCGCUGACUGACAGACACAAGGCUGCUCGCAUGAGCUUCGCACGGCACCACCUCCAGGGUUACACCAAUUUUCGUAAAUGGAUAUGGAGCGACGAGAAGCGGUUCUGCCUGGAUGGUCCAGAUGGGCUCUACCAUACCUGGAGCCUUCCUUCUAGUGCCGAGCAGCUCAAGAGCAAGAGAGCCUUCAAUGGCGGUGGUAUCAUGGUAUGGGGUGCGAUUAGAGACGACCAUACGGUCGCUCUAGCAGAGGUUACGGUCCGUAUGAACAGCGAAGUCUAUCAAGAAGUCCUCUCUCGUCAUCUGUUACCAUACUGGGAAGAGUUUAGAGAGAUAAUGCUCCCUGUCAUGGGAGCAGGAGCACCAUCGACUGGCUCCGUGAAAGAAAUGUGGUCCCACCUUGUUGGCCAGCCUUAA